AUGUGCGAAAGUGCAUUGUCUCCUGAGUCUCCAGCUGCUGAGACCGAUGAGCCAGUCGACUGCUUGUCUCUCUAUCACGACCUUCAAGAUGACGGGAAGCCGUUCUUUGAGAAGGAACUAAUCAGCAACGUGUAUAAGCAGAUCCAAGAACGUAAGGCGGGUGAAGUCAUCACCAUCAAGGGUAUCGAUGGCUCGCUCGUUGACUUCAAGGUCCGCACUGGAGAAGUCGUGGAAAUUCGUGAUGGCGUGGCGUUGGUUGCAGGCAAGCCUUAUAUCGACUAUCUCCCCAUUCAAUGCCUCGACGGCGUUGCUGGCCACUUCCCCCACCUCGGCUACCUCAACAUGCGCAUCUACCACCGUCUGCGAUACCGGUCCCUCCAAACCGGCCAGUACAUCCAUGAAACCAUCAAUCCUCCGCUAACGACGAACCUUGCAGAGUUCCUCUCUUUUCUGUAUGCUUGGGAAAGCACCAACUCUUGCAGGCACAUCCGUGCUACUCUGGAGUCUCUUCCCGAGUUCUUCGGGCCCGUGACCAAGAUAGUUGGAUUUGCGUGCAAUAGCAUUGUCAAUCCCCAGGGCUGUCUACCUGAGAAGCAGAGGAUUUCUUUCCAACAUGGCUUUCUCCUGACGCUUCGCGAUGUCCUGCGUAGAAAGACCGGGAACUCGGACAUUAAAAUCUUGGUCCAGGACCCGGCGUAUACGGAGAGUGACGUGGAGCUGCUGAAGGAGUUCAAUAUUGUCGUUGUGGAAGAUCCCGUUGGAUUUCUGGAAGUCGAUGAGGAGACUUUUGUGUUUUCUUGCAGUCCCAAUGUCCCCGUGCGCCAAAUCGUCCUUGAUAUGGUGAAGCCGGUGGGUAUGGUCUGGAAUAAGGUCUUGGCGGAGACGGCGAUCUUUAACAUCACCGACCCCUGGGAUCUAUCAAUUCACCGCACGAUCAACCGUCACUAUGACACUUACGUGUUCCCCCACGAUAGCAGAAACUUCGGGGUGAUGGGGCUUUAUUUGCGCUGCGUUGGUGGCGACGUCCCUGCCGAGGAGUAUGAGAGAAGGGACUUGGAGACUCUCGUCACGGUGCGAGGUAUCGGACAGUACGCGAACCAGGUCCACUUCAGAGUGGCAGCAAUGAACGAGUUGCUUGAUAAGGUGCCGAGAAUUGAGUAG